AGGAAACCACAAACAAAAAAAGGAACCAGCCACGUGGCCAAAACUCAUUGGCGGAAACACCCUUAAGCCCUCCCCUCAUUGGCCAGUUUUAGCAAGAACACGUUGCAAAUCGUAGUCACUACUAAACUAACCCCCAGUCAAUUUUUUUGUUUUUUGAUUUUUGAGUUUCAGAGAGUCUUCUGCGAUUCCCAUUUCCUUGGUCCCCAAUUCCACACACACACACAGAGCCAAUAUUGUUCCUCGCCAAAAGAUCUGAAACCACAAAAAUCCCUAAACAUUAAUUAAAAUUUUUGUUUGGUCCCUAUCUAUGGCGCAUCGAAGAACAACAAAGCUCUUGUUCCUCCUUUGCUCUCUGUGCUACGCUCUCUCCGCCAUUGCAGGGAAGAGCUACUAUGAUGUACUGCAAGUGCCACGUGGCGCAUCGGACGAUCAGAUCAAGAGGGCGUAUAGGAAGCUAGCGCUCAAGUACCACCCGGACAAGAACCCAGGCAAUGAGGAAGCUAAUAAGCGAUUUGCCGACAUUAACAACGCGUACGAGGUGUUAUCGGAUAGCGAGAAGAGGAAUAUAUAUGAUAGGUAUGGAGAAGAUGGACUGAAACAACACGCAGCUAGUGGUGGAGGCAGAGGUGGUGGAAUGAAUAUGCAAGACAUUUUUAGCCAGUUUUUUGGUGGAGGCCAAAUGGAAGAGGAAGAGAGAAUUGCGAAAGGCGAUGAUGUGAUUGUUGAACUUGAUGCAAGUUUGGAAGAUCUGUACCUGGGAGGUUCAGUGAAGGUUUGGAGAGAGAAAAACAUUUUAAAGCCUGCCCCGGGCAAGAGACGCUGUAACUGUAGAAAUGAGGUUUAUCACAAGCAGAUUGGUCCAGGGAUGUUCCAACAGAUGACCGAGCAGGUCUGUGAACAGUGCCCAAAUGUCAAAUAUGAACGGGAGGGAUACUUCGUCACUGUUGAUAUUGAGAAAGGGAUGCAGGAUGGGCAAGAGGUUGUAUUUUAUGAAGAUGGUGAGCCUAUAAUAGAUGGAGAAGCUGGAGAUUUAAAGUUUCGUAUCCGCACAGCACCCCAUGAUCGGUUCAGACGGGAAGGCAAUGACUUGCACGCUACUAUCACUAUUACACUGGUUCAAGCUUUGGUUGGUUUUGAGAAGACAAUCAAACAUCUUGAUGACCGUUUGGUGGACAUCGGCACAAAGGGAAUUACUAAGCCAAAGGAAGUGAGAAAGUUCAAAGGGGAGGGGAUGCCAUUGCAUUUUAGCACAAAGAAAGGGGAUCUUUAUGUCCAAUUUGAGGUUCUAUUCCCAACCUCUCUAACAGAGGACCAGAAAACACAGAUUAAGGCAGUUCUUGGUUAGGGUAUAGGUGAAAUGUUUUUGUUUGGGUUCGAAAUUGUACCCAUUGUAACAUGAGGAUGUUCUUAUAGAGAAUUCAACGAACCCUGAGGUUUCUCCUUUUCUUUUUUUAACUCUCUCUCUCUUCAUUUAAGUAGUAUUUUUCUAAGGUGUUUUAGCUGUAAUCAUUUUGAAGCCACUUGGAUAAUAUUUUUUCCUCAUUGGCGGUCUAGUUUCUCCCAUGUUUAAGGAGAACUACAAUAGAAAUUGAAGAGUAUUAAAUUUACUGAUAAA